AUGGAGAAGGUGAGGAGCAAGAAAGAAGGUAAAACAAGUGUAUUUUUGGAAGAGUGCUCUGAAGGGACGGCAGAAGUAUCUGGAGGGAAUAUGAGUGGAGAGAAAAGGAAGAAAAACACCAGAUUCCAGAUGAAAGGUUCUCUAAAUGCAGACAGGCAAGAUUCUAUCAAUCUUUUUCUGGGAGUAUUCAAGCCUACAGAAGGAAAACCUCAUCUCUGGGAACUUCCCACUGAUUUUUAUUUGCAUCACAAGAACACCCUCAGUCUGUCACAGACCAGGCGAAGCUACACUUACUGGUGGACCACAGGUGUGCUAAAGCAUUUACCCCUUCCUUUUGAUGAAGUGACAUGUGCUGAAAACAGACGGAAAUUGACAGUGAAGAAAUUCCACAAGUAUGAAGAGGAAAUUGAUAUCCACAAUGAGUUUUUUCGGCCAUAUGAGUUGAGCAGUUUUGAUGAGACCUUCUGCUUGGCAAUGACCAAUUCUACACGAGAUUUUAUGCCUAAGAACGUGGGGAUUGACCCAAGUCCAUUUACUGUUCGUAAACCUGAUGAAACUGGAAAAUCAGUGCUGGGGAACAAAAGUAACAGAGAAGAAACUGUGCUGCAGCGCAAAACAGCUGCUAGUGCUCCUCCACCCCCAAGUGAGGAAGCAGUGUCGAGUAGUUCUGAAGACGAUUCUGGGACAGACAAAGAAGAUGAAGGUGCAGUUUCUCAACGUUCAACUCCAGUAAAGGUGACUGAUACAGGAGACAACACAAAAAUCACAGAGAAUGUAGUGCAAUCAACAAAAGAUGUAUAUGGAAUCAAUCUUUCAGAUGUUCCUUCAGAAGAUGAUCUCACAAUAUACACUAGGUUUGUUCAGCUGGGACAGAGUCAGCAUAAACAAGACAAGAGUAGCCAGCAAUUUUGCUCAAAACACCACUUGGAUAGGGUUAUAAAUUUAAUACCCAUCUCCUCCUUUUCUCAAGACAAUAUUUACGAAGUCCAGCCUCCGAGAGUUGAUAGGAAAUCAAUAGAGAUUUUUCAUGCGCACAUUCAGGCUGGAAGAGGAAAUAUGCAGCCACUGGGAAAAGAUGACUUCCUCAUGUACAGAGAGUACAUUCGAAACAGAUACAUGUAA